AUGUCAGCACGACGCAUACCGGCGCGCUCACGCCGCGUCGAGGAUGCCAUGUCCCAAUUAGUCGACUCUCUAUUACCGCCCAUCUCUCCUUCCGCAUUUGGUGACGAAUUCUCCGGAGACGAGGAGGAUGCCGUGGCCGCGGCCGAGGAGCAACGACUUCAAGAGCAUCUUCGCCGUGCAUGGCGGAUUUUAGAUGUUGUCGGUGCAGAGAAAGAACAAGCUGGUAUUGAUGGCAGUGGAGGAUCUGCGGCAGAAAAUAUCAACAAUGCCUCUGAUCUGAUCAAACGAAAGUUACUACGAGAAAAUGCGAGUCCGGAUAAGGCGGUACGAUUUUCGAAUCUUUAUUCUCGAUUGUUGACGCAGCCUGUGCUCGGGCAGAAGUGGGCUAUUCUAUAUUUGUUGUACCGCCUGUCGGAACAGGAAGACAGCGAAAAUAACCGGGAGGAAGAUGCGGUUACAAAUGAAGGUGGCCGGAGUCGAAGUCCUCUUCUGGAUGAUGGGAACUUGGACAAUUUACUAUUCAAAUCAAGGGCUGGUAUGAGGGGAGCGCUGGUUGAUGACAUCGAUGAAGGCCCUGCUAUCAGUUCGUCAGUCUCACAACGAGGAGAAUUUGUAGAUCGAAGGCGUUCAGCACGAGCCGCAACAACGGAUAAGCAAAGACACAAUCAUCCUGCGACCACCGAAGAGGCAAGAGACAGCAAUUCAGGACGAUCCAGGGGAACAAGCACACCAAGAGAAGUUCCACAUGUUGCUGUCCCGCAGACAGAAAAACAAGAACCAGCGCCUCUCAAAACUGCAGAGUCAUCUCUACUCCGAGAUUUGCCAUUCAUUCUUCAAGGUCUUUCGUCUACGAAUAUGGAGUUCUCGUCAUCCACAAUGUUGAAACUACCAACCAAUUUACCGAUCCCAAUGGUAUCGUUGUUGCACACAUUAGCCGAGCCAUGCCUGCUGUAUAAAGAGUUAUCCGGCUUUGUUGAUAGCUCAGAAGGGGGCCUUGUGAGCCAAGCAUUGAGAGCGUCCAUCUUCAAUGAGCUUCGCUCUUAUUUGGGGCUGGUUGCUACUCUUGAAGGGGAAAUUAGAAGAGCCUUGACUGCAGCGGCUAGUGAUGACCCUAAGGGCAUGGUCAAGGGCGCGGUGACUCUAAAACGCUGUGUGGUCUGGACCAGGGACGCAACAAUGGCCUUGCGACUGAUGAGUAUAAUGGUGGAAGAAGCAAGAGAUAAAAAAGGUGGUCAAUUGAUAUCCCUGAUACAUGGCUAUUCAACGUCUCACGGUGAUCCUUUCGUCGGCAAUUUCGCAGAAAAGUUGCUAUCACACAUUACGCGCCCGUUUUACGAAAUGCUACGGCAAUGGAUAUAUGACGGCGAACUUUCCGAUCCAUACAAGGAAUUUUUCGUCAUUGAAUCAGAGUUUCGACCCAGCGCAGACCCUCGGCGCAUUGCUUCGAGCGUAUGGGAAGACAAGUACAAACUAGACGACGAGAUGAUUCCAUCAUUCAUAACACAAGAUUUCGCCAAAAAGGUUUUCCUCAUUGGGAAGUCUCUGAAUUUCAUUCGUUAUGGCUGCGGGGAUUCUGCUUGGGUGGAAGCCUACUCAAAAGAAACGUCCAAGGAGCUUCGAUACGGAGAUACAGCAAGACUAGAAAACUCUAUUGACGAGGCUUACAAGACUACAAUGGCACGACUCAUUCAUCUAAUGGAUACUAAAUUCAAACUGUUCGAGCACCUUCGUGCUUUGAAGAAGUAUCUUUUGCUCGGACAAGGCGACUUCAUCGCGCUGCUUAUGGAAUCGCUUGCUUCGAAUCUGGACCGCCCUGCCAAUUCGCAAUAUCGACAUAAUUUGACUGCUCAGUUGGAGCAUGCUAUUCGGUCGUCCAAUGCACAGUACGACUCUCCGGACGUCUUGCGGCGUCUAGAUGCACGUAUGCUUGAACUUAGUCACGGCGAAAUAGGAUGGGACUGUUUCACCCUUGAAUAUAAGAUCGACGCCCCUGUAGAUGUGGUCAUCACUCCAUGGGGAUCAACACAAUACCUCAAAGUCUUCAACUUUUUAUGGCGAGUAAAAAGAGUCGAGUUCGCACUGGAAAGUACAUGGCGAAGGUUCAUGACAGGAGCUCGCGGUGUCCUCGGCAGUGUGGAGGACAAAGUUGGAUCGGACUGGAAACUCGCAAGAUGUGUGAUAGCCGAGAUGAUCCAUUUCGUAUGCCAGUUACAGUAUUAUAUCCUUUUUGAAGUGAUUGAAGCCAGUUGGGAUCAACUACAAGCGGCAAUUUCAAAGCCUGGCUGCACUCUGGAUGAUCUAAUUGAGGCCCAUACCAAGUACCUCAAUUCUAUCACACACAAGGGCCUUCUUGGCUCGUCGGGUACGUCGCGAAGCUCCUCGUCGUCCACCAACAAGCCGGAAGAAAGCUUCCUUGCGCAGCUGCAUCAGAUACUCAAAAUCAUGCUGAACUACAAAGAUGCUGUUGACGGUCUUUAUUCAUUCUCGGUUGCAGAGUUCACACGGCGUCAAGAACUCAACGCAAAGAUCGAGACUCGCACAGCACGUGGCCAAUGGGGCGUGACCGAGCAUGACUUCAACCAUCCGUCUCCGUUCUUGUCAAAUCAGGAGAACGCCAAUCUCACCGCAGACGACCAUAUGUUAACCUCCUUGCAAACCCGUCUUCGCGACUUGUCCGUCGAUUUCCGUGCUCGACUCAACAUUCUACUCGGAGACCUGGCUUAUCAACCGGAUGUCGACAUGCGUUUCUUGGGCGUGGUCAUGAAUUUCAAUGAAGUUUACGAGCCCGUGAGAAAAGGCCGACGCGAAAAGACAUCGGCAGCUGCUGCGGGGGCUUCAUCGUCGACUCGAGACAGGGACAAAGAUAAGAAGACUCGUAGGAAUGUGGUACCGCCAAGUACCAGUGCCGCUACUGGCGGUGCAGAUCCCCAAGAGUCGCAGGGAGACGCUCAAUGA